AAUUAUGGGCAGAAUUAGUGGCAAUUUUCUAAUUGCUCUUGCAGUUUUCUUUCUGCUACAUGACCAUACUUCCCUUGCUACUGUUCCCAAUAUUAACACUGAUGCAGCUGCUCUUGUUGCCCUGAAAUCUCACAUUUCUUUUGAAACUAACAAUAUAUUAACAAGAAACUGGUCUUCUUCCACCCCAGUUUGCAGCUGGAUUGGAAUCACUUGCAGCUCCCGCCAUCAACGAGUCACAGCUUUAAACAUUUCUAACAUGCAACUUCAUGGUACCAUUCCUCCACAUCUUGGAAACCUCUCAUUUCUUGUUUCCCUCGACAUCAGUAACAACACUUUUUAUAGAGAAUUGCCAGAGGAACUGGCUCAUUUGAAGAGGUUGAAACAGAUUGAUGUUACAAGCAAUAACUUCACUGGUGUCAUUCCAUCAUUUUUAAGUUUGGUACCAGACCUUCGCAUUAUGCGCCUUUCCAGCAACCAAUUUUCGGGAGAAAUACCAUCGUUCCUUUCCAAUCUAACAAAGCUGGAAGUGUUGAGCAUACAGGGAAAUUAUCUCAAAGGAGAGAUCCCUCGAGAACUUGGUCAUCUUCGUUACAUGACUAUUUUAGACCUGCAAUACAACUUGCUUACUGGCUCUAUACCACCAUCAAUCUUUAACAUUACGACAAUGCAAGUCAUUGCUCUUACUAGUAACAAUCUUACUGGUAAGCUUCCAAUGACUAUAUGUGACCAUCUUCCAAACUUGGAAAUGCUUUACCUCUCAACAAACAACCUAGAAGGUGUCGUUCCACCAAAUAUAGGAAAAUGCAGAAAGCUUCAAGUCUUGUCAUUGUCUGUCAAUGAGUUCAUUGGAACUAUACCAAGAGAGCUAGCUAACUUAACAGAACUUACAAUAUUAGAACUUCGAGAACAACACUUGGAAGGUAGCACUCUCUUUGUUUCAAUUUAUGCAUUUUAAUUCCUUUUUAGUUUGUUUCGAUAAGAAUGCUUCUUUCUAUAUUUAGUAACUCUUUAACUCCAAUAUUCCAUAUGGCAUAUUUAAAACCAAAAGAUUCAAAGGUAUUGUGGAACAAUAAACACAUCUUUAGUUUAAGACGACAAGAUUCAAACGUUUUUCUUACUUUCGUUAAACGGUGUGCCUAGUCAUACUAAGACAUAAAAUGACAUGGAGUAUGAUAUUUCCUAAUGAGAAAUCUGAAAUUUCUUUCUUUUUUCUCUCUAUCACACUGGUGUUCAUAUAUUCUCAUACUUGACAGGAGAGAUACCAGUGGAGCUAGGUAAUCUUAGGAAACUCCAGGCGCUGUUAUUAUACCAAAAUAUGUUUACUGGUACCGUCCCUUCAAGCAUUUUCAACAUGUCGGAACUGCAGCACCUAGGACUUGGAGGAAAUGAGUUUACCGGUACUUUACCUUCAGAUUUAGGCCGUGGAAUGCACCGCCUAGAAAAAUUUAGUUGUGCACAAAAUCAGUUUAGUGGUUUUAUCUCUGCUACUAUCUCGAAUUCUUCAAAACUCACAGGUCUUGAACUCUCAUUCAAUAGUUUCACAGGUCCAAUUCCUACAUCACUUGGUAACUUAAAAUACCUUGAGUUUCUCAACUUGUGGGGAAAUAAUUUUUCCAGCGAUUCAUCAAUGAGUUUCCUGACAUCUUUGACAGACUGUAGGAAUCUAAAAGUACUGUGGUUUGCUGAUAAUCCGUUGGAUGGUGUUUUUCCAUCAUCCGUUGGAAAUUUCUCUAACUCUCUACACAGUUUUGUAGGACAGGAUUGUAAACUGAAGGGCGUCAUUCCUGAAGAAAUUGGUAAUCUUACUGGAGUGACAAAGAUGAGUCUGUCUAACAAUGAGUUGACUGGACAUAUCCCGAAUACUAUCCAAGGCAUGCUGAAUCUUCAAGAACUUUACCUACAAAACAACAAGUUAGAAGGAACCAUACCAGAUGUUAUCUGCAAUUUAAAGAAACUUGGUGCAUUAAACUUGUCAGGAAAUCAGUUUGCUGGUUCUGUGCCACCAUGCUUAGGAAAAGUUACCAAUUUGAGGUAUCUUUAUCUAGCUUACAAUAGACUGAACUCAAGCUUACCUGAAGCCUUGGGGGACCUUCAUGAUCUCAUCGAAUUCAAUGUUUCAUCCAAUUUAUUAGGUGGGAAAAUUCCUAUGGAGAUUGAAAAUUUAAAGGCUGCAACACUCAUCGAUCUGUCAAAAAAUGAUUUUUUUGGGAAGAUUCCAAGUACUCUAAGGGGUCUAGAUAAAUUGAGCAAACUUUCGCUAGCACAUAAUAGACUAGAUGGGUAUAUUCCAGAUUCAUUUGGAGAAAUGUUGGCUUUGGAAUUCUUGGAUUUGAGCUAUAACAAUCUUAGCGGUGAAAUUCCAAAGUCACUAGAAGCUCUUGUGUAUCUAAAAUACCUGAACAUCUCAUUUAAUGAACUUAGUGGAGAGAUUCCCACCGGUGGUCCUUUUACAAAUGCCACAGGUCAAUCUUUCUUGUCCAAUAAUGCACUCUGUGGUGACUCCAGGUUUCAUGUGUCACCAUGCAUCAUAAAAUCUACCAAGACAAAAAAGGCAACCUUGGUUUUGUAUACCCUUUUGGGAGUGGGCCUGCUGUUUCUUGCAUUAGCCUUCACAUGUGUAUAUUUAAGAAUGCAAAUGAUAAAGAAGAAUGCAGGCCAAGCAGAAGUGUCCCCGAUAAUAGGACAUGAAAGAAUUUCCUAUUAUGAACUUGAACAAGCAACAGAAGGAUUCGAUGAAAGCAACUUACUUGGUAAUGGGAGUUUCAGCACGGUUUACAAAGGAACACUUAAGGAUGGAACCCCUUUAGCAGCAAAGGUAUUCAAUGUGCAAUUGGAGGGUGCAUUCAAAAGUUUUGAUACCGAAUGUGAGAUGCUACGCAACCUUCGCCACAGAAAUCUGACCAAAAUCAUCACCAGCUGCUCCAACCUUGAUUUCAAGGCCUUAGUGUUGGAAUACAUGCCCAAUGGGGCACUUGAUAAAUGGUUAUACUCUCACAACUUGUUCUUGAACUUAUUGCGGAGAUUAGAUAUAAUGAUAGAUGUUGCAUCUGCAAUGGACUAUCUCCACAAUGGCUAUUCAACACCAGUUGUGCAUUGCGACUUGAAGCCAAGCAAUGUCUUGCUAGAUCAAGAAAUGGUUGGCCAUGUCACUGAUUUCGGCAUUGCAAAAUUACUAGGUGCAGGGGAGAAUUUUGUUCAAACAGGAACAAUUGCAACCCUCGGGUAUAUUGCUCCAGAGUAUGGCCAAGAUGGAAUAGUAUCCACGAGUUGCGAUGUUUAUAGUUUUGGCAUCCUGAUGAUGGAGACAUUUACAAGAAUGAGACCAAGUGAUGAGAUUUUUACUGGAGACUUGACCAUACGACGUUGGGUUAGUGAUUCUUUUCCAAGUAGAAUUCAUAAGGUGGUGGAUACUAAUUUGGUACAACCAAGAAAUGACCAAACGGACGCAAAGCUGCAGUGUGUGUUAUCUAUCAUGAAAUUAGCUUUGAGCUGCACCUUAGUGACACCUGAUGCAAGAAUUAGCAUGGGAGAUGCUCUUUCUGCACUUAGAAUGAUCAGGCUUGAGUUUGUCAGUAGUCUAAACUAGGUGUAAUCAAAUCAUCGGCUCUCGGUUGCUGGUUGAUUACAUAUGGCAGUUGCGUUAAGUGUUCAAUU